AUGGAGCGGAUGUCUGAGGAGGCGCUGAGGCUCAACCUGCUGAAGCGAGGCCUGGAGUCAUCCAGCGAGCGAGAGGAGGCACUGGCCAAGCGCCUCAAAAUGGAGGGCCACGAGGCCAUGGAGCGCCUCAAGAUGCUGGCGCUACUCAAACGCAAGGACCUAGCCGACCUGGCAGCCCUGGAGGUGGCGGGGCCACUGGGAGAUGGGAAGGGCCCCGGGGCCAGCACCCUCCACCACCAGAGCCUAAUGGGCGCCGCUUAUGAGGAGAAGCUGAAUGGGAGUCUGAGGAUGGGAGGCCAUGGUGGCCAUGUUGGACCCAGCAAGAAUGGGAAGGAGAACAUGCUGGAUGAGCCGGUGGAUAUGAGCGCUGGGAGAAGAUGGGGAAGACAGGAGAGGAGAGGCAGCAGAUGAUCAAAGCCCUGAGAGAGGAGCUGCGUCUGGAGGAGGCUCGCCUGGUGCUGCUCAAGAAGCUCCGACAGAGUCAGAUGCAGAAGGAGAACGUGGUGCAGAAGGUCCCAGUGGUCCAGAACGCCUCAUCCUCUGUGCAGCCUCCUCCCAUCCACAGCUCUCCUGGCCUGGGGAAGCUGCCUGUGAGGCCGGGCCUGCACAACCCUGAGCCCCAGAACCUCCGCACUGCACAGGGUCACACAGUCAUCAGGUCAGCAGCCAAUGCCAACCUGCCGCCCAUGCUGAUGUCCCAGCGAGUGAUAGCCCCCAACCCUGCCCAGCUGCAGGGCCAGAGGGUCUCCUCCAAGCCCGGAAUGUCUCGCUCCAGCUCCAGCAGCAUGGCCAAUGCCGUCAGCUACCAACAGGCCAGCCAGCAGGUGGCAGCUUCCCAGCGCUCAGGCUCCAGUGCCAUGUACAUGAACCUGGCCCACAUGCAGGCAGCGGCGGCGGCAGGGGCCCAGGGUGGCCUGGGCGGUGCUUCGGCCGUCAGCCCAUCCACAAUGUCCGGCUCGGCCAGCGGAGGGGUGAGCUCCAUGGCUGACCAGGCCAGCAGCCAGGCAGCAGCCAAGCUAGCCCUGAGGAAGCAGCUGGAGAAAACUCUGCUGGAGAUCCCUCCACCCAAACCCCCGGCCCCGCUCCUUCACUUCCUGCCCUCUGCCGCCAACAGCGAGUUCAUCUACAUGGUGGGCUUGGAGGAGGUGGUGCAGAGCGUGCUCGACAGUCAGGGUAAACUCAGAGGGACGCUGGCUCGCAUGGAGCCUUUCUUCUGCGCCCAGUGCAGAACCGACUUCACCCCACACUGGAAGCAAGAGAAGAGCGGGCGAAUCCUCUGUGAGCAGUGCAUGACGUCCAAUCAGAAGAAAGCUCUGAAGGCGGAGCACACCAACAGGCUGAAGAACGCCUUUGUGAAAGCCCUGCAGCAGGAGCAGGAGAUUGAACAGAGGCUGCAACAGCAGGCGGCCCUCUCUCCCAGCUCGGCCCCUACAGGCCCCAACGCCUCCAAGACUGACUCAAUGAUCCGACAUCAUGCUCUCCGCCAGGCUCCCCAGCCUCAGGCCUCCCUGCAGCGAGGUCUGUCCAACUCGGCACGAGGCGUCCUGUCCAACUUCGCCCAGGCCUCCCAGCUGUCGGUGGCCAGCAGCCUCAUGGGGAUGACCAGUGCCAAGCACUGUGGCAGCGGUGGAGGCAGCAGCAGUAGCAAUAGACUGCAGCAUGACAGCCGUCGCCAGAUCUACAACCUCCCAGGGUUAAAUAUUGCCUAUCUGAACCCAGCGGCAGUUGGAGCCCACAAGAGCUCCAGCUUAGCAGACCGGCAGAGAGAGUACCUGUUGGACAUGAUCCCACCUCGAUCCAUAUCGCAGUCCAUCACCGGACAGAAAUGAGCCCCGCCUAGUCCUCCUGCCCCUCUGAAGCCACCCCCUCCCUCCCCAUCCUGCCCUCCUACCCCAUACUGAAGCACUCCCAGAUCAACCAACAUCCCCACCCCACCCCAUCGCAUGCAGUGCCUGUCCGUGUGCCUACCUUAAACCAACCCAUGAAAACCCACCAAGUCGGACAAAGACACUAAACUGUCAGUGCAUCUCAAAUGUUCUUAUUAUAGUAAAAAUCUUCUUCGUCAGCGUUGUUUAACAAUUAUAAUUCCCAUUAUUAUCGCUGUUGGUAGCACUAUUAUUAUACCUGCAACUACCAUUUUUGCUUCAGUUACUAUUACUCAUUAUGCUUUUUUUCUUUUAUAAGUGUUUGGUCCAUUCUUUUUUGUUUCUCUGCUGUCUCCUCCUUUUACUUUGGGGAGUGACGGUGAAUCAUUGUAGGGCCGCUUUAGGCCACAAUCAUAUAGGAUUUUUUUCCUCCACUCAAUUAUAAAGCUUAGAUAUGAAUAUUGCUAGUAACAGAAGAUCAACAGGGUGCAUUCUGGUUGCUAUGCAACAUAAAGUUUAAUGACUUUGAAGCUUUGUAAAAAGUGUUAGCUCGCUAACUUGAAGUAACAAAGUGGAAAAUACUGAUAGGAACAAAAACAGACAAUAUUAGGUUAGUAACUGCUCUGCUUGCUCUUGAAAAGAGGAUGAAGAGCCCAUUCUGGAAAUGGAGAAUGUGGAGGGAGGGGGGGAGCUGAGCACCCACACCUGUAUCAUCUCGUCAAAAGGGCCAGUUCCAAGUUCCGACACCGGAAGCACCCCUAAAUUUUGAGGAGACCCCUCCCCCCCUGCUACCAUCAGAGCUAAUUAACUGGAAGGACUGACAAAAGGUGCAGACGUGUACAAAAGAGAAUCCUAUGUGAUCAGAGUUUUGGAAAAAACCUUUUCCUUUGCUAGUCUGCUCCCACCAUUCCCCCAUCAAAAGGUCAUCGGUUUCUUCAUUUCAGAUAUCAGCCUCUCCUGUUACAGACUUUAACAGUCACCAGGCGAAUGAACACGGGACAUACUGUAGUUGUACUAAUCAGGACUGACAGACGCAGCAACGUCCCGACUGCACCUUCAGCAGACCGAUAACGGAGCCCAACCAGAGGAUGAUGUCCACAGAUUCCCAGUAUUCACAGGGGGGUUGACGGUCUCCUCUCAGAGAGAAGCCAGAUGAUUUUCCCCUCCUGGUUCCAUCUCAUUUCACUACCUGAAACUGACCCCUCCAUGCCCCCCCUACCCUCCUCCUCAAUACCUUUGGUUAACCAGUAUGCACAGACUGAACCCUUUUUACCCAGCAGCUCCUCUUGGCAUCACAUGUUCUUUGAGAAAGUGAAAAGAACUCCGAUCUGAAGGUGGAAGCACAUUUUGUGUGUCCAAACCACAGAUUCUGUACCUAGAAACCUAGAAAUCUGGGUUCCUUCUCUUGUUAUAUUUGGGUUUAUAGAUUGUUUUCUGAUUGUUGCCCCGCUCCCCAACCCUCCCUUCUUCUUUCUCUUUUUUUUUUUUGCUUUGUUUCUUUCUUUGUUUUUUUGCGGCGUCUCCCAAUGAAAUGGUGGCGUACCUAAGAGGUAUUAGCCCCUGGAGACGAUAAUAAUCAACAUAGCUAACAGAAACUAUUGAAAUAUCUGUAUGGAUUAUGUAUAGAUACCUAGCUUCAGAGGAGAAAAAAAAAGGAUGUGGAUUAUAUCUUUUAUGAGAGAGACAUGGAUCAAUCAUUGUGUGCAUGCUCUGCACACAAGUUGCCUCACUCCAGAGGAGCACUUUGCAUAUUUCCAAUUGGAAAAAACAUUUUUUUUUUUUAAAAAGAGGAAAAUAAUGUUACAAUUGAGAGUGGCUAAGGUCUGGAUGCCGGCUGAGGGCCGACCAGAGUCAGGGGAGAUGUCCCAAGUAUUGUGGAUUGCAUCAAGGUGUGUUUCAAUGGAUGACUAAUGGUUUAAUUUACUUGCCAGUGUUGACCUCUGUAAAUGUUGGACCUCAAGUGUCAAGUUUCCAAAUCUCUGGUGCGCAGUGUGCUGGGGUUAGACCCAGUCUGUAUAUAAGCUGCUGCUGGUCUGAGUACAUGUACCAGCAUCAGUACAGGGUCUCACUGUCUGGAAAACCCCUGCAAUAACUGAAGAACCAUUAGUUAAGUUAUUCUCCUUUUCAGUGCAGAGUCACCAAAGCAACCCGACCUCAUAUUUAUAAAGGCUGAACUAAACUAGAGGACCCGAUCCAAAACAAAUCCAUCAUCAGAGCUUAUAGUGUCUGCUUGGAUCCACUCUGGUACCAGCAUCAACACACAGCAUAUAAAAUACUAACUCAACUGUGUCAGACACACACUUACCAAUCCAAAUGAAGGCUUUCCUGUGAUGGAUGAUCUAGUUCUGUUGACCUUCCGAAGGGAGCAGACAUUGUGCAGACAUCAGCAGGAAUAAUGGGAACAAGAGAGACAGGAAGAUAGACCACUGGGACUAACACAGAAAUACACCUCGACUACAAUCUAAAGAAUCAUCGCAAUGGGUUUUAGUGAGCGCACUGUUGCACAACUCUAACAAGAAGGAAGUGUUAAGGUCAAGUCUAAGUCGUUUUUGGUAGUGGCCGCCAUCACCCCAUAUUGGCGUAACCGUAACAACACCUCCCUGGGUCCCUCAAGAGUGAUGGGCUCCAGGUUUGCAGUAGCCCAGACGUUUCAAGCAGUGUUCAGUCAGUGUGCAGUAUUAUUUGUGGAACAUGUUGGCUCCUCACAGAGGGACACGAGUCUGUGAAGUCAGUCUGGGUUUGAGAUGAGAGAGCCAGGCAGUUCACACGGGGCUCCGUGGCGUAGUUAUGAAUCCCAGUGCUUGUCUUGGCAAGUGCUAGGUUUGUUCAGGCACCUAUUAUUAUUAUUA